AUGCUCUCGCCGCAGGCGAUUCGUGCAUGGAUCGUUCGGCAAGGCAGUCCUGGUGGUGGAGGGUACGGUCCAGCUGGUGCUGGAGCUGCUAGUCCUGGAGGUACUGCUGGCGCUGGAGGUACUGGAGGUACUGCUGGAGGUGCUGGAGGUGCUGCUGGUGCUGGAGGUACUAGAGGUGCUGCUGGUGCUAGAGGUGCCGGAGCUACAAGUCCUAGAGGUGCUACUGGUGCUGGAGGUGCUGGACCUACUAGUCCUGGAGGUAUAGCUGGUGCUGGAGGUGCUGGAGGUGCUGCUGGUGCUAGAGGCGCUGGAGCUGGAGGUACAGGAGGUGCUGGAGCUGCUGGUCCUGGAGCUGCUGGCACUGGAGGUGCUGGUGCUACUGGUGCUGGAGCUGCGGGAGCUGCUGGUCCUGGAGGUGCUCGUACUAGAGGUACUGGAGCUGCCGGAGUUGGUGGUGCUGCUAGUGCUGGAGGUGCUACUGGAGCUGCUCGCACUGAAGGUGCUGGUGCUGCAGGUACUGGAGGGGCUAGAGCCAUUGGUACUGGAGGUGCUCGUACUAGAGGUGCUGGAGCUGCCGGAGCAGGUGGUGCUGCUGGUACUGGAGGUGCUGGAGGUGCUACUGGAGCUGCUGGCAGUGGAGGUGCUCGAGGUAUUGCUGGUGCUGGAGGCGCUGGAGCUGGAGGUACUAGAGGUACUAGAGCUGUUGGAGCUGCUGGUCCUGGAGGUGCUCGUACUAGAGGUGCUGGAGCUGCCGGAGCAGGUGGUGCUGUUGGUGCUGGAGGUGCUGGAGGUGCUACUGGAGCUACUGGCACUGGAGGUGCUGGAGGUACUGCUGGUGCUAGAAGAAUGGCGCUGCCAAAGCUCGUGGUGCUACUGGUGCUGGAGGUGCUACUGGAGCUGCUGGUACUUCCCCAUGCCGACCGCUUUUCUACCCACAGCCGCAGUCGUCCCUCCUGCCGCCUGACUCAAUCCUUCGCCAGUCCUACGGUCACUCGUCUCCUCGCUACUGUUGUCACUUACCCUGAGUUUGAGUCUACUGCUGCGUUUGCCCUAGUCACUGAGCUAGUCGACUUUGCAGCUAGGAGCCGUCUCGACUACGUCGCGGGUCUUGUUACUGAGUCUGAUUUUGUCUAUCCUCCGUCUGUUGGGGGUGAGCCUGCCCUUAGCAGUGACGUCCUUGAGGACAGGCAGUUUGAGCUUGAGUGUCUUGCGGCCGCUUUACCUCGUUUCGCAUCCAUGCUACUUUGCCCUGAGGGAGACCCGGAUGCACUUGACAUCCCUACCCCGCGCUCUUACGCUGAGGCGAUCGUGGGUGAGUACUCCUCUCAGUGGCAAACAGCCAUGGACGUAGAGAUGGCUUCCUGGAAGUCCACAGGCACUUACGUCGACGAGGUUCCUCCUCAUAGGGCGAACAUAGUCGAUGGCAUGUGGAUUUUCAUAGUGAAGCGGCCGCCGUGUUCUCCGCCUGCCUUCAAGGCGCGUUACGUUGCUCGAGGCUUCAGUCAGCAACAAGGGGUGGACUUCUUCCAGACCUUCUCCCCCACCCCAAAGAUGACUAGUCUUCGGGUGCUGCUGCAUGUUGCAGCACAUCCUGACUACGAGCUGCACUCCCUCGAGUUCUCCACAGCUUUCUUGCAGAGCAGCCUUCAUGAGGAGAUCUGGCUGCACCGCCCACCUGGCUUCACUGGGUCGUUUCCUGCGGGUACCCAGUGGAGCCUCUGGCGGCCAGUCUACGGUCUCCGCCAGGCGCCCCGAGAGUGGCACGACACACUGAGGACUACACUUGCGGCUCUUGGGUUUGCUCCUUCCAGUGCUGACCCGUCCCUGUUUCUACGCACGGACACUACCCUGCCGCCGUUCUACGUUCUCGUAUCACCCGGGACAGAGCACGGCGCACCAUCACCCUGA